UAUUAUUAUAUUUUUUAUUACUUGUUAACUCUGCGUAAUGAUACAGGUAUGAACAAAAUAGUCCUAAACCUCUUUCCUUUUCAUGUAACUUUGGGCUGUAUGUGGUCAUGUCGUACUUCGAUGAAAAAGAUGGGUCAGAAGGUAGGAGAGUGGAACAAGAAUAUGAUGGUCCUCCGGGCAUGGAACCUGAUGGUGUUAUUGAAAGUAACUGGGAGCAAGUCAUUGACAACUUCGAUGACAUGAACCUCCGAGAAGAGCUUCUGCGAGGUAUAUAUGCUUAUGGUUUUGAAAAACCUUCAGCCAUUCAGCAACGAGCUAUUGUUCCUUGUAUCAAAGGUUUGGAUGUCAUAGCUCAAGCACAAUCAGGAACUGGAAAAACAGCAACUUUUGCUGUUGCUAUACUUCAACAAAUCGACAUUACUUUACAAGAAUGUCAAGCUUUGAUCCUUGCGCCUACUCGAGAACUGGCCCAGCAGAUCAGAAAGGUUUUCAUAGCUUUAGGAGACUACAUGAAUGCUCAGUGUCAUGCCUGCAUUGGAGGAACAAAUGUUCGUGAAGAUUUUCGAAAACUUGAGAUGGGUGUUCAUGUGGUUGUUGGAACUCCUGGAAGGGUUUAUGACAUGAUUAAUAGAAAUGCUUUAAAAACCAACCAUAUACGCAUGUUUGUCUUAGAUGAAGCUGAUGAAAUGUUAUCUAGGGGAUUCAAAGAUCAGAUUUAUGAUGUGUUUAAAUUCUUAGGUAAUGAUAUUCAGGUGAUUCUACUUUCUGCCACAAUGCCUGCUGAUGUCCUUGAGGUCACAAAACGUUUCAUGAGAGAGCCAAUCAGAAUCCUGGUAAAAAAGGAAGAACUUACUUUGGAAGGUAUUAAACAGUUUUAUGUAGCAGUGGAAAGAGAGGAGUGGAAGCUAGACACAUUGUGUGAUUUGUAUGAAACUUUAACUAUAACUCAGGCUGUGAUUUUCUGCAACACCAGACGGAAGGUUGAUUGGUUAACAGAAAAAAUGCAUCAGCGCGACUUCACUGUAUCAGCUAUGCAUGGCGACAUGGACCAAAAAGAGCGAGAUGUAAUUAUGCGUGAGUUCCGAUCUGGAUCAAGUAGAGUGCUGAUUACAACAGAUUUAUUAGCUAGAGGAAUUGAUGUUCAACAGGUCUCAUUGGUAAUAAAUUAUGAUCUUCCCACAAAUCGAGAAAAUUACAUUCACAGAAUUGGACGUGGUGGUCGUUUUGGCAGAAAGGGAGUAUCCAUAAACUUUGUUACAGAAGAAGACAAACGCACCUUGCGUGACAUUGAACAGUUCUACAAUACUCAAGUAGAAGAAAUGCCUAUGAAUGUUGCAGAUUUGAUUUAAGCUGGUCUACUUUACUGUUACUUGGUGCCGACAGCCUCUGGAUUGGUCAAGUCACAGCAGUGUUGGGUAUUGGUCCUGAGAAGUUAAGCCAAGCCAGCAAGUGUAGAGAAUGUGGUUGCUUUCUGAAUUCUUGCUAAUAUUGUCAAAAUUAAUAAUAUCAACAUAUCCCAAACCCCCAAGGGGCAUUUUUUGUUCAACUCAGACACAUCCAUUACUUUAGUAUCUUUUCUGUAAGUGUAAUAAGACUUUGAUUUAACUAUGUGUCUGAUAUGUUCUUCAUUAUGAGCAGCUGUUGUUGGGGGACAUAUCAGAUCAAUUGUUAUGAAAUUCAUUUGUAUUUAUUAUUUGUGAAUAUGUCAAACAGAUUACAUCCACAAGUUUUAGAUUUAAUCUGUUGCUGAAUGUAACUAUCCUUACUGGUGAUUUUUUAUUCAUCAGCUUGUAAAAGAAACUAAUAGAAAUUUAAUAAAUUUGGACAAAAUUAUGGAAAUAUG